GCUGGUUCCUUCGAUUCUACUGUGGAUUCGUAGGGGCUCGGCAUUCUCCGCAAACGUUCGGCGGUUUACGCUUCUAUUCGGCAAUCUCCGGCGGCCUCCCCGGUAACGGUCGCUGUGAGUUUAAAUGAGCCGGAGCCGCCUGUCUGACGUCUUGAGAGUAGCUGGGGAGAGCGGUCCCGACAGCGGGAGAGAGACCUAGACGGGAGGCCGCAGUAAGGCCGGAGGAUGACAGUACUGCAGGAACCCGUCCAGGCUGCUAUAUGGCAAGCACUGAAUCACUACGCAUACAGAGAUGCAGUAUUCUUGGCAGAGAGGCUCUAUGCAGAAGUGCAUUCUGAGGAGGCAUUAUUUUUGCUGGCCACCUGCUAUUACCGCUCAGGAAAAGCUUACAAGGCAUACCGUCUCCUGAAAGCCCACAGUUGUGCCACUCCACAAUGUAAAUAUCUUCUUGCAAAGUGCUGUGUUGACCUCAGCAAGCUAGCUGAGGGAGAGCAGAUCUUGUCGGGUGGUGUGCUUAAUAAACAGAAGAGUCAAGAGGAGAUUGUUACAGAGUUUGGAGACUCUGCCUGCUUUACAUUAUCAUUGCUUGGCCAUGUAUAUUGCAAAACAGAUCGAUUGGCUAAAGGAGCAGAAUGUUACCAAAAGAGCCUUAGUUUAAAUCCUUUCCUGUGGUCCCCAUUUGAGUCUCUGUGUGAAAUAGGUGAAAAGCCAGACCCUGAGCAGACAUUCAAACUGACCUCACUCCAGAACUUCAGUAACUGCCUGCCCAACACUUGCACAAUGACCGUGAACACACACAGUGUUGUACAACAUAGGCAACCUGAUACAGUGUUAAUGGAGACUCCUCAAGACACUAUCGAACUUAACAGACUGAACCUGGAGUCAUCUAACAUGAAAUAUCCCUUGAACAGUGAUUCCUCAAUAUCCUACAUAGAUCCUGGUGUUAUUUCUCCCGAUUCCCUGCCCCUUGGUACUGGAACCUCCAUUCUAUCCAAACAGGCCCAAAACAAACCAAAGACUGGCCGCAGCCUAUUGGGAGGACCAGCAGCACUAAGCCCACUCACUCCAAGUUUUGGAAUUCUGCCUCUAGAAACCCCCAGCCCUGGAGAUGGGUCAUAUUUACAAACCUACUCCUCUUGUGUCCUUGAUGUGCCAUCAUCUGGUGCCCCAACAAAAAAGUCUGUUGCUAGAAUCAGCCAAGCAGGAACAAAGUCUGUCUUUUCUCAGAGCGGUAACAGCCGGGAUGUCACCCCAGUUCUCCUUGUACAGACUCAGGGCUCUGGUCCUCAAACAAGCACCACACCUCAGGUACUGAGCCCAACAAUAGCCGCUCCACCUAAUGCAUUACCACGUCGUAGUUCUCGGCUUUUUACCAGCGAUAGCUCUACCACCAAGGAAAACAGCAAAAAGUUAAAAAUGAAGUUUCCACCUAAAAUGCCAAAUCGAAAGACCAAAAGUAAAACAAGUAAAGGUGGUGUGACACAGGCCAACAUGAACGACAGCUUGGAGAUUAGUAAAUUGGAUUCCUCGAUUAUCUCUGAGGGCAAAAUCUCCAGCGUUGCCCCCCAAAUUCAGGCACUUACUAUUCAGAAGGCAGCAGCAGGUUUGAUGAGUCUCUUAAGGGAUAUGGGGAAGGGUUAUGUGGCUUUGUGCUCUUACAACUGCAAGGAGGCUAUAAAUAUACUGAGUCAUCUCCCAUCUCAUCACUACAACACUGGCUGGGUCUUGUGCCAGAUUGGCCGUGCCUAUUUUGAGCUUGCAGAGUAUCUUCAGGCUGAACGAGUGUUCUCCGAGGUGCGGAGAAUUGAGAGCUAUCGAGUAGAAGGCAUGGAGAUCUACUCAACUACUUUGUGGCAUUUGCAGAAGGAUGUGACCUUGUCUGUACUUUCCAAGGACCUGACAGAUAUGGACAAGAACUCUCCAGAGGCUUGGUGUGCAGCUGGAAACUGCUUCAGUUUACAAAGGGAACAUGACAUUGCAAUAAAGUUCUUCCAGAGGGCCAUUCAAGUGGAUCCAGGUUAUGCCUACGCGUUUACUCUACUUGGGCACGAGUUCGUACUGACCGAGGAGCUGGACAAAGCAUUGGCAUGUUUCAGAAAUGCCAUCCGAGUCAACCCCAGACACUACAAUGCCUGGUAUGGACUUGGAAUGAUUUACUACAAGCAAGAGAAGUUUAGCUUGGCAGAAAUGCAUUUUCAGAAAGCUCUAGAUAUUAACCCUCAGAGUUCUGUAUUGCUGUGUCAUAUUGGAGUAGUGCAGCAUGCACUCAAGAAGUCUGACAAGGCUUUGGACACACUAAACAAAGCCAUUUCCAUAGACCCCAAAAACCCACUAUGCAAGUUCCAUCGAGCCUCUAUUCUCUUUGCCAAUGAAAAGUACAAGUUGGCGCUGCAAGAAUUGGAGGAGCUGAAACAGAUUGUACCUAAGGAGUCCUUGGUGUACUUCUUAAUAGGAAAGGUAUACAAGAAGUUGGGACAGACGCAUUUGGCGCUGAUGAAUUUUUCCUGGGCCAUGGACUUGGACCCCAAAGGUGCUAACAAUCAGAUCAAAGAGGCUAUAGACAAACGGUACCUGCCAGAUGAUGAGGAGGCAGUGACCCAAGAGGAACAGAUCAGCGAGUGUUACCCCUAUGAAUCAGUGGCCACUGAUGAAUCGCAGGAGAGCAGUAUGACAGAUGCAGAUGACACACAGUUGCAUGCUGCUGAGAGUGAUGAAUUUUAACCCCUCUCCCUGCAGAACUUAAGGCAUGGGGGUGUUUGACUGUUAUUUUAAUUCACACCACCCUGGCCUCUCACCCUUGCCUUCUCAGACACCUCUCACAGGCCAUUUUGUUUCAUCAUCAUUGCCUCUUCUACCAUCAUUAUUGAACUUUUUUUCCCCCACUAUUCCCAUACUUCUGAUUUUAAUGCCCUGCAGAGAAUUAAAGACUGUGCAAUAUGGGGUCGUGUUCAGCUUCCUGGCUUUUUCUCAGCCUUCAAGUCGCAAGUUGUUUGGGUUGGUUCUUGAGUUAUAGGAAACAAUACUCUUAAGCUGAAAAGGUGUUUUUGCUAGCCUAAAAGGAAGGUACGCAGUAACGCGGACACUAUAGCUACUGGAUUCUGUACAGGACUUGACUGAAGACUUUGCAGAUUCAACGCCCCCACCUCCCCCCUGGAUGGAAAACAACCUGACCUAUACUGCUGGUUAAUGUCUAAGUGACCGUCUUGGGAUGGAUAUGUAUCUUCUCAAUUGUGCCUGCCACUAUGGGGUAGCAGCUCUUCUUUUUAGCCUUUGUGCCUCUUUUAAAAGGCACAAUGCUCCCUUCUAGUCACUAUGGGAGUAGUAUAAUAUCUGUCUGAGCACCACAGUUCUAAGCUUGCUCUGCAAGUCUUUCUAAAUGAAUCCCCACUUGGAUGUUCAUUUCUAUACUGGCUUCCCCAUGCAUCCUAGUUGGGUGGACAUUGUAGGUAGUGUAGUCUGUGCCUGGAUAACAUUUAUUCAGCACUUAAUAUGGGUAUGUGACGACUACCUGGGCCAACGUGACUGAGCUGCUAUCUUUCCACAACAUGCUGCAGUGCUGAUGAGGACAAGCCAUAACCUGCCAUUUGCCCCUCUCCCCUAAUAAUUCCCCUCCUUUGCUACCAGAGCAGCAGGUUUUGCAGUGCUCUGCAUGCUAUGAAGUCAAGUGCUGCUAGCUGUUCAGUCAAAGAGUAAGUAUAUAUAUAUAUAUAUAUGGACUGUAAUCUUUUCUCUGCAAGUGAGGGCAAUGGAAUUAUGUAACUGACCCUGUGGCUGGGGGGGGGGGGGGGUGAUGGUUGAGAAGAUUUACUGUGAGUGUAUAAUUUCCCCUCUCCUAGUAUCUUCUGAACCCACUUUCUCUUCCUUAACUUAUCCUCCCUAUUUUCUGCCACCCUCUGUUAUUCAUCUUUUCUCAUUGAGGCAUACCACAGUAAGGGAACAAAAGUAACAGAUGCAACCCGCACUCCCAAAUGGUUUACGUUUUCAGGCAGUUUGCGAGGAUACUGUGUUAUCACUCGAUCUCUGCCCAGGUUCCCUACCCAAGCUCUUUGGGCAUUUCCAGGUAUUAAUCAGCUUAUGUCUGGUCCCGUGAUAAAAAACCGCGGAGAAUACCCUAACAUUGCAGGCAUGAUGUGAAUUGACUUCCUUUUCCUUCUCUCCAUCUCUCCAUCAUAGCCAAAUGAAGGACUCUGCUGUAUGGCUCUGGCCCCUCUCUGCCAAGAAGGGCUUCCCGUAUGUGUGGCUGUGAUUUUUGUCUUUUUAUUAUUUUUUUUUUUUUAAUUUAGGGAAGUGUACAGUGUUCCAUUAUAUUGGAUGGGAGGCUCCUGUUUAAUAUAUUUUGCGAAUCAUUUAAGGAUGUAAAAAAUCCAAAUAAAAACUUGUUUUAAAAAUG